AAAGAAAGAAAGAAAGAAAGAAAAAAGAAAGAGGGAAAGAGAAAGAGAAAGAGAAAGAGAGAGUCUUCAGCGAGAGAACGGAGCGACCCGUGUGAUAACUAGGAGUUAAGUCAGUUAAGAUGAAGGAUAAACAAACCAAGUGACGUGUGGCGAGACCUGGCGAGACGCAAGGUGGUGUUCGGAAAGGUAGGUAAAGGAUUAAUUCGUCAUGGCCUUCCCACCACUCGUCAGCUCUACUCCCCCGCCUCUCGACAACGUCGGUGACUACGACGACGACGAAUUCGGAGAUUUCACAGCUGGAGGCAUUGACGGCCUUUCCGUCGCCUCGGAUUCACCGGCAAAGCGAGUGACCCCAACGGCGACACCGAUACCUUCCCAAACUGUGUCUCCAAAGCUGAACGGGUUUCCCGCGGCGAAAGUGAAGCACGGCGCAGAGCUUCGUUUGGAAGAUGAGGUCUUCACCGUGAAUGAAAGUGCCGAUAUUGCGGCGGCAAAUGAUUUGGGCGCAAAGAAUGGGAGACUCGGCGAGAGCAGUGAGAAUUCUAGGGGCGAAGUAGGAGGGAAUGAUGAUAUCGGCGUCUUUGGCAACGGAAGCAACGUUGUUCCACGGACAAUCGACAAGAGCAAUGCUGAUCUCACAAGAAAUGAGUCGACUGAUAGCUGCGAGAGCAACUUGGUCGAUAGCCUAAAGACUGGCAGUGAGAGGGAUGAUUUGUCAAAUAAUUUAGAAAUCAGUGAGGAUGUCGAACCUCUCAGUCUUGACCUUGGUGAUCUGAGGUGUCAUUCCGAAGUCGCACAAAAGAUGGACGACGCUUUUUACAGGUACAGCAACUCCAAGGAUCCCUCGCUGCCUCAAAAUCUUGCUAAGGGUAAUCUAAUCACGGUAUACAAUCCACCUGGUCUUAAAGAAGACAUUGAAAAAUUAGAAGAACAUCCCCAAGUUGUUUGUAACGAGAAAACUGGUUAUAGGGAGGAUAAUUUUACUCAAUUUAUUUCGUCCGAUGAACUCCCUAGGGAAGAGAACGACUCAGAUCCCGUAUUUGAACCUAGUUUGGCCCUUUUCUCUGUAGAUACAAGUGCUGUAGCUAUUGACGAGGAUGAACAGCUUGAGGUUAGAUUUGGUGUUGAAAGUUUAGAGACUGAGGAAGACAGAAACGGCAAAGAGUCGAGGGUCGGUGAUUCGAUGGCGAAUUUAUAUGCUGAGGAAAACGAGAGUGGUGUAUUAGAGGGUAGCAUAUCUGAGUCACCAUUGCCAAGCAAUGAAAUUAUGGAGAAAAAUCAUCAGAGCUUUGACGAAGUUUCUACUUUUGCCGGGUAUUCUCAUUCUGAGGAUAGAAUACCACAAUACCAAGAUAAUUCAGUGAAUGAAAACAAGCGGCAAAAUUUGGAGAGAAACGAGGAUCAUUUCAAGUCUGUUCUUGGAUCGAGAGAUGUGGAAACAACCCGGGAAGUCAAGGCGGAUGUGCAGCUAGUCAGUAGUAAUCAGGGAGACGAUGAUUUUGGGGAUUUUGACGACUUUGCGGACUUUUCAAGUGCCCCUGUACCCGCAACGGUGACUGAAGUUCCUGAGCGGAGUUCGGCCGUGGAAAAUCAGCCCGAGGACGCAAAGUUCGAGGAUUUCGGGGACUUUGAAAACUUUGGCGAGUUCAAGUCUCCGCCGGCUGAAUUCCAAACGCCUGAUAUUGGUUUCCGGGAAUCGAUUGCCAAAAUUGAGAAUAAAAAUGCGGCGAACAAAAUAGAAGAUAUAAUUACAAACAUGUUUCCUAUCGUGCCGAAAAUCGAGGAUACGGAAUUGAAUGGUCUCAUUCAAAAGUCUGACAAGGUUUGGCAGAGUGUAAAGAGCAUCGAGGAGACCAGCGCUCUUGCUUAUCACUGGUCGAAUAGCGCUAGCAAUAAUGUUCUGCUCAGUGCGCUCGGCAUUGACUCAAGGAACAUACUCUUUGGCCCAAGAUGGAACCACAACAUUCCAAGAUUUGCUGCCAAUCUGGGCUUCACGCCAUUGGAGCCCGUAAAAGCUUCUAGCGAUGUGCAGCAGCCGUCGUCAUCGUCGAAUGGAAAGCCGCAGAGUUCACCGACCUCGGAAGAAGUUCCUGCCGCCCAGUUUGAUUGGAACAGUUCCGGCCUGGUGAAUCCACUGGAUGCAAGCAGAGGGCUGUCUGCCCUUCUCCCACUGGAUUUAUUGUGCCCUUUUGAUCCCCUCCUGACGCCUCACUGCUCUAUACACUCCGAAUCCUAUCACCGUCACGCCGCUUGUACCAGGAGCUCCAUAUACUACUAUGGAACAGAUCAGCCGACGGUGCAGAAAACGAGUCAACAUCAUUCCUCUGAUCCUUUCCACAGUCCUUUGAAGCCGUCUAAGUUGCUUCAGCAAGCUAAAAUAAUUGAACCCUUGCCCGGACCGAGCCUCGCCGACUGGAGCAGAAGAAUGGAAGCUGAUAACGGUUCAAGGGCGAAGCAGGGAACACAAAAGCCUUCGGGACGAACAUCCGCACAGAUCCCCGCCAAGUCGUUGUUAGGUCGAAACAAUUUGUUGCCAGGAAGUAGGAACGAGUCGAUAGGACAAGGAGAAUCUAGCAAGGUAGAAUCAUGUAAAUUAGAAAAUAGUAGAAAAUCAUUGGCGAAUCAAAGAGACAACGCAGUUCAGCUGGAGCAUAUCGUCACGGAUAGGUUCGGCAGGCCUAUGACCGUUAGGCAAGAGACUGUUAAAGUGUUGAAACAGCUGCCCGACCUGUCGUUCCUCAGUGCUAGAACGUUGAUGUAUAAUCCGGAGCAAAAGCAAAUCGUACAGGAUCUCGGUGCUAUGAUUAAUCGAAAAAUGCCCGGCUGAGUAACGUCGGUCUGAACGAUAGUUUGAAAGGAAAAUUGGAUAAGUAAUUGUCAACACGAAAAUAAAAAUAAACCAAAAACAAACAGAAACACGUGCGAUUGACAAGGAAUUCGCGAAUAUGGGUAAAUAUUCACAAUGCAUUUGCCAUCAAUCGAUAGAAGAGGAAAAAGUGUAUACGCUCCUGAUAUAUCCUUUCAAACUUGCGUUCAGACCAAAUAAAAAGAUUUAAGAAGUGAAGAAAAAAAUAACACAAAACACACAUACCUAUGGUUCUCGUUUCGUUCUUCCCUAUUACCUAUAUGUAAAUGAAUGAUAAAGGAAAAAAAAAUUUCGGUAUAAAUACUAUAAAAAUAUAGAUGAACCGUGCUGCGCAAAAUCAUGGGAAAUAUUCCAAGACAUUCCGAUUUAAAAAAAAAAUAUCUACUCCGUUUUUUUAAUUCCUGUGAUCUUGACCUAUUGUUUUAAUAACGUCGGUAUUGAUAAUAAUAAUAAUAAUAAUAAUAGUAAUUCGCCAUCAAUCCUACCUUGUUUACUGGUUCGAGCGAAAUUAAACACGAGAAUUUAAUUUUGCCCUUAAUUCAUACCACAUGUUUGUUGCGUAUCAAGUAUUUUAAAGUUAUAUCAUGUACACUUUGUAGCGUGAUGAGGCGUGUUGAACGUGCUGCGAAUCAUGAAUCAUAUGAAUUGUUACUUGAGUUAUUUCGACAGCUCAAACUCGUCAGCUGUUCCAGUACUAAUUUCUAGCCGUCAAUAGAUAGGAAGAUGUAGAAGUUAUCAAGUUGAUACAUGAAUUUUUAGAUGUUUUAAUCUUAAUCAAAGAUAUCAUAGCCAUUGCCUAGUCUCUACAAUUUUUUUCUUUAUUUCUGUUUUCUAGUUCCGUGGUAAUUUCUUUCCAACAUAUCGAAUACUCUUAUGCCUCAUUUUUGUCGUUGUAACUGCUACUGAUGCAAUUAAAAAUUAGAUAGCAGUUCUCCAACGUCAGUUUGUAAAAAAAAAAAAAAAAUCAAACAAAUCUAAGCAUAAUAACAUCGUAAAAUAAACAUUCGGAAUAAAUUUAAUAUCUUGCAUUGUUUAAAUAAAGUUGAAAUCAAUAAUACUGCUCUUCUUUGUACAGAUAUGGUUAGAGCAUGAUAAACAUAUGGCUAAGAAUUUGCAAGUCAAUUAAAUUUUAUAUUGACUAGACGACUAUUUGUUAGUAACGGUUGAUCUUGAAUCAAGGAAAAAAGUUACGCCAACAAACAGCAACAAUUGAUAAAAUAUUAGGAUUUCACAUCAUCGUGUAGCUUGAGGUUUUAUACAAAGCAACUGGAAGUUAUAAUAAUGUACUUAAAGAAAUAGUAAUAAUAGUAACAACAUCAUUCGAUUGAAGUUAGUUACAUUAACUGAAUACCUAUUAAACAUAGGAAUAUAAUCAUUAUUGAAGUUAUUCUUUAUUUAUUAACACAUAUUGUAAUAUAUAUUUUAUGUAAAAUAUUGUGGAUACAUUAUAAUUAUUAAUACAUAAAAGUAAA